GUCUUAAGCCCCCCACAUAAAACACACACAUGUCAACAAUGAACCCUCUCAUGAAUCUCCAAAACAAACUGUGCUAUGUCAAAUGUGGCAACUGCAACACCAUUUUACUUGUUAGUGUGCCGCGGAGCAGUCUAAGCACGGCGGCAGUGACGGUGAGGUGCGGCCACUGUGCAGCCAUUCUUUCCGUAAACAUGAUGAUCAGAACUUCUUGCUUCCAGCUUCCCUUCCACCACUUUGCUUCCCUUGAUCAUCAUCACCAUGAGGAACACUUGCUGCUUGAAGCUUUUUCUCUGCUCGAUCAAAUCGCUAGGAACCCUUGCUGCUUGAAGUGGAUCCUCUGCUAUCGACGCCACACCUUCACUACUUCACCGAAAUUCUCAGAGAUGGAAAUGGAUGCUGCAACUGCCAGUUCUAAGGGUGUGAAGGCAACAGGAAAGAAGUACACGAUAGACAGGGAGAUAUGGACAACAGAUAUGGACAAUGAACUUGUUAAUUCAUUCCUACAACAACAUAAUGAAGGGAAUAGAGUGAGCGGGACAUUCACCACAAAGGCUUACAUGUCAAUCACUAGUGACUUGCAAAAUAAGUUCGGAAGACCUUUCAAGAAAGAUAAGGUGAAAGGGAGAUGGAAGUUAUUGAAAAGAAAUUUUACCAAGUGUUAUGAUUUAUUCAAAAAUCUCAGUGGCUUUGCUUGGGAUCCAAUCUCAAAACGUUGGUUGGCUGAACCUGAAGUCUGGAAAACACUGGUAGAGGCUCAUCCCGAUGCUGAAGAGUGGAUGAGGAAACCGAUUGCGAACUACGACAAGAUGGUGAUCAUAUGUGGAGAAGACCGAGCAUAUGGAGGGAUGUCAGAAACCAGUGAGGAUAUUAGGAAGGAUAAAUCAUUUGGUGCAGAUUCAGUGGAGACUAGUGAUAGUGUGCAAGAAGGUGUCAAUGAUGUUGAUGUCACAUCACCUCAGAUCAGAGUGCAAGAUGUCCGAGAUGAACCUAAGUCCAAGCGGUCAAAGAAAGGCAAGGAUAAGGUUGAAGAGGGAGGAAUAACAGCGGCACUUAUGACGAUUGCUGAAGCUUUUAAGGACAGCACUUCUGCGCUUCGUGAGAGCACGGUAGCUUAUGAAAAAUCUCAUCAAAAGCUUCCGAUUUCUGAAGUUGAGCUUUGGAAGCUUUUGGAGGAUUUGCAUAUUGAAAAUCAUUUGAUCAACCGAGCAUAUCUAUAUCUUCUCAACAAUCCCGAUAUGAUCAAAGGACUCAUUGGAUGCCCCAAGCACAAACAGAAGGAGUUGCUUGUUGAAAUGGUGUUUGGUCCACCGGCAUCUACUACCAGGCCAUAUCAGUGAAGGCAAAGGCGUGUGAAAGUCAAGCUUCUGACCUUUUUAUGUUAUUGAUUGGAAUGUACUAGAUAAAUAUAACUGCUAGUACUUACUUGAAAUAAAAUGUGAGACUUAAUACGCUGAGAUAUUAUUGUCCUAUGAUGGUUAAAGUUAGUUGUGUUCCUUUAAACGUAGUAUAUUUAUUUUUCAUUUUGG